AUGUCGCGCUCUCUACCAAAGAAGACAAACCCGCUCAUCCUUAGUGAUGCGGCACCGGCUUACGAUGAGCUUCUUGCGCGCCGUCGUCUUGGCAAGACCAACCUCUCUGUCAAGCCUGGCCAGAUCGGCACCUCCAAUGCCACCAAGCCUGAGAACCUGGGCUUGUUCGAGUAUGCUCACCUUCGGGCUCCCCUGCCCAAGGACCUGAAGGGUUCCGAGAUUUUCCCUUCGCACAGCUCUCAAAAUCACCCAGAGACCUAUUUCUUGAUGCGAAGGAGCAAGGAUGGAUUCGUCAGCGCCACUGGCAUGUUCAAGAUUGCCUUUCCCUGGGCUAAGGCUGAAGAGGAGCGUACUGAGAGAGAAUACCUGAAGGCCCGAGAGUAUACCAGCAUGGAGGAGGUUGCUGGCAACGUUUGGAUUUCCCCGCUGUUUGCUCUCGAACUGUCCAGGGAAUACCAAAUGUACGACUGGGUCCGUGCCUUGCUAGAUCCCACCGAUAUUGCACAGAGCCCCUCUAGUGCAAAGAAGCAGAUCACCCCGCCACCAAAGUUUGAAAUGCCUUCCAAGUUUGAAGUGCCUUCGGAUGAUCUCUCUCUGGCUCAGCGCCGGAGCCGCCGCUCAGUCUCUCCUACCAAGAAGUCGACUUCGCCUCGCAAGGCUCGGCAACCCCGCUCUUCGAAAGAGGUCCCGGAUACUCCAUCCACAUCCGCUGCUAACGACAGCCUGCAGCAUGCCCUGGAAGUCACAGCUUCCUCGGAAAUGGAAUUGCUGAACGGCAUUGUGGAGAGCGUGGAAGAAGUUGAGGUCAAGAACACCGGUUCCCCGGAGAAGAAGAAGGGCCGGAAAUCCAAGAAGGCUGCUGAGGCCGACGAGGAGAAGGAGAAGGAUGUCAAGGAGACCCAGAAGGAAGAAAAGAAGGAGGAGAAGAAGGCAGAGAAGAAAAAGAAGAAGGAUGUCAAGGAGCCUGAAAAUGAGGCCGAGAUUGAGAUCCGCGGAGCUUCCGCCAAAGAGGCCGAGCCCACUCAGGCCACACUCUCUCUCGACAUGCCCAUUAUGCUCCCCGAGGUGCCGUCCGCAAAGGAGACCGAGGAGAUGAUUGCAAAGGCCAAGGAGAUGGUGGAAGAUGCUAUCAAGAUCCAAAGCGCCGAGGAUGCGACUGCAGGAUCACCAUCCGUCAAGCUCACCAAGAAGCGCAAGCCUGAGGAUGAUGAUGAUGAGGAGACUGCGGCUGAAGCCAGCCAGAGAGCGAAGAAGGCCAAGGUUCUGGAGGAUAAGCUCAAGCGCGAGCGAGUCCGCAACCGUGCUCUCUUUGGUGUCUCGGCCGCCUUUGCCCUUGCUGCCUCCAUUCCUUAUUUCUUCUAG